ACCCACCACCAGUCCACCAGAGCUGUGCCAUCCAUCGAGAACACUGGCAUUAGGAUUCUAGUCUUUACAUCUCUCACUGCAAACCCUGUGAUGACUGUGAAGGUGAAAACCCAGUUGGCUGAGCAUCCAUUAGCAAGUCCAAAGGCAGGUCCAGAGACUGAGAAGAAGCCAGAGCACCUUCCAAAGAGCCACGGGGAUGUUGGGUUCCAGAAAGAGCCUGUGGUCCCAGGCAUUGUGGAUUUUGAGGUGAUCCAAGAGGAGCUGAAGACCUAUAAGCCCCAAGCACCAAGUGCCUAUCGCUUUGGACGCCUCAGCCACCAUUCCUUCUUCUCCAGGCACCACCCCCAACCACAUCGUACGACACACAUCCAAGGUUUCACGGGGAAGCCUGUCUGUAUGGUCAGGGACAAGUUCUCUUUGGCACCUUUGACUCAAUCUGCACUCUUAUCCAGCUGUCUGAUGGGGAUGCCUACCAUCUCUGCCCCUAUUGGGGACCCACAGUCCAAUCGGAACCCUCAGCUUCCUUCUGACGCCUGGAAGAAGAAUCUAAAGGACCUAGCUUCCCGAGUGGCUAUCUUUACUAAGGAAAUUGAGACAAGGACCAAUGAGCUGAAGGAAGAGCCUCCUCUGAGGGAACAGGGGGCAAAGUACUCAGCUGAGACGGGUAGGCUUAUCCCAGCUUCCAGCCAGGCCCUCAGCCGCCGCCGCAACCACCAGGGCCAGCGGAGCCACUCUUCUGGCAAAGAUGGAGGAGCCCAACCCUCCAUUCUACAGGAUCAGGAACUGCUGAUUUUGGAGCUUCUUUGUCAGAUUCUACAAACGGAUUCUCUAAGUGCUAUCCAGUUCUGGCUCCUCUAUGCUCCACCAAAGGAAAAAGACCUGGCAUUGGGACUUCUGCAGACAGCGGUGGCUCAGCUCAUCUCUCAGCCUUCCCCCUGUCUUCCAGCAGAGCAGCUCUUGAACCAACUCCAAGAGCUUCAAAAACCUCCUCAAGAGACACAACAGGCAACCUACAGUCCAUCCCUGAAGACGACAAAGACACUACCUUUAUCCAAGACAGAAAAACCAGAGACCAUGGGCAAAGGCCAAGUGCUCCGUGUGCAUCCCAGCGAGGACCCAGAGGAGAAAACAACCAAGCCAAAGACCGAGAGCUGA